CGGCUCCUUCCUCUCUGCUUUCUAGGCAGGUUUCGUGCCGAUAACUUGAACAAGCUGAAGAACCUGUGCAGCAAAACAAUCGGAGACAAGAUGAAGAAGAAAGAGCCAGUGGGGACAGAUGAGUCUGUACCAGAGAGCGCACAGAACCUCGACGAGCUCACGGCUGACGUCCUGGGGGCUCUGCAGGUAUCCCAGAUCAAGAAAGUCCGUCUCCUCAUCGACGAAGCCAUCCUCAAGUGCGACGCCGAGCGCGUGAAGCUGGAGGCAGAACGUUUUGAGAGCCUCCGGGAGAUCGGGAACCUCCUCCACCCCUCGGUGCCCAUCAGCAACGAUGAGGAUGCAGACAACAAGGUCGAGCGGGUCUGGGGCGACUGCAGCUGCAGGAAGAAGUAUUCCCAUGUGGACCUGGUGGUGAUGGUGGACGGUUACGAGGGGGAGAAGGGAGCCAUUGUCGCUGGCAGCCGGGGCUACUUCCUUAAGGUGAUCGGCAAGGGCAGCGAGAAGGCCGAUGACAGCUCCAUCGACGAGAAGUACCUGAUCGCCACCUCGGAGCAGCCCAUCGCCGCCCUGCACCGGGACGAGUGGCUGAAGCCGGAGGAUCUGCCCAUCAAGUACGCGGGGCUGUCGACCUGCUUCCGUCAGGAGGUGGGCUCGCACGGCCGCGACACCCGCGGCAUCUUCCGCGUCCACCAGUUCGAGAAGAUCGAGCAGUUCGUCUACGCCUCACCCCACGACAACAAGUCCUGGGAGAUGUUUGAGGAGAUGAUCACCACGGCCGAGGAUUUCUACCAGUCCUUGGGCAUCCCCUACCACAUUGUCAACAUCGUCUCAGGCUCCCUCAACCACGCUGCCAGUAAGAAGCUGGACCUGGAGGCCUGGUUCCCCGGUUCUGGCGCCUUCCGCGAGCUCGUGUCCUGCUCCAACUGCACCGACUACCAGGCACGCCGCCUGCGCAUCCGCUACGGCCAGACGAAGAAGAUGAUGGACAAGGUGGAGUUCGUCCACAUGCUCAAUGCCACCAUGUGUGCCACCACCCGCACCAUCUGCGCCAUCCUGGAGAAUUACCAGACAGAGGAGGGCAUCCGCGUCCCCGAGAAGCUCCGGGACUUCAUGCCCCCCGACCUGCGGGAGCUGAUCCGGUUCGUGAAGCCGGCCCCCAUCGAGCAGGAGCUCUCCAAGAAGCAGAAGAAGCAGCAGGAAGGGGGCAAGAGGAAGUCGGGGGGAGGGAGUGAGGGGGUGUUGGAGGAGCAGAUGCAGAACAUUGGGCGUGCGCCGGCCCCGCCCCCCCCCCCAGGGACCUCCCUGCCUUCAUCGCCAGCUUCAUUAUCAGCUUGGGCUUCAUCACCUCGGCCUCAGGCCCUGCCCGGGGCAGGGAGCCACCGGUCACCGCUUGCCCCCCCCGUGGCACGGAGCACCGCGCUCCCACCGGACGAAGGACUGACGCUAUCAGGGCUCUGGCCCCCGCCCCCCGUUCCCCCCCGGGUGGUACCGGGGACCCUCCCUGCCACGCUCUGA